AACUCCUGAUCUCGUGAUUCACCCACCUCGGCCUCCCAAAGUGCUGGGAUUACAGGCGUGAGCCACCCUACCCAGCCCGUGAACAUUACUUUUUAUAAAGACUAGCUUAUACUUGAUGAUUGUAGUCUCUUCUUAGAAUAUUUAUGUGUGUUAGUCCUUUGAGGGAUGGCGAACAACAUUGUAUGUUGAAGCGACCCAAGAGAUCCUAACAACAUCAAUGAGGUUACAGUAGUACACAUAUUUAGGGUAUAUCUCAGGUUUACCUUUUAGGUCUUUGGUUGCAUCUAGUACUCUAAAUUGCUCUCAUUGCCUCCUCUUAUGCUUUUCCUUUUUCCUAGAGUGGGAUCCUUUAUAUGUUUGUUUAAAGUUUUUUUUUUUUUUUUUUUUUUUCCGAAGAAAAUGAACAUCUUUUAGAGCUCUGAUUAGAUGACCAAUCAGAAUGUAUCUCUAUGUGCAUUCGACUUGGAUUGUUACUCUGCCUUUUUAUAUGUUGUAAAGGGUUUGUGCAGAUCAUCUUAGCAGUAAACAAAAACAAAGAUUUGGCUGUUUGGAAUGAGAGUGGCUAUAAUAUUAUUUCCCCUGAAUCGAGAUUUAAGGCAUUGGAACUUGUAGAACUAGCAGAAUAACCCGUAAGUAUGAAGUUUUGAGUUAUAGUGACUAAAUAUAGGAAAAGUGCCUUCAGAAGUUUUUCAAAUAGCAUGAGCAACUAUGGUGUUUCAAGGUAUUAAUUAUGUAGGAGUUGUGAAUGGGGAGAGGCAUUUAGUUGCUUGGUCAUAAUACUUACAAAGGGGGUAACUAUUUAGCCUAUUUCUAGUUCAAAUGGGUUUCUGACCAUAUUGAUCAUUUUAAGGAUCCAUAAUAUAUAGAGAGAGACUUUGGAGUAUGAACCCUGAAGUCAGACUGCCUGGGGUGAAUACCAACCCAGCUACUUGGUCACUUAUCCUCUCUUGUCUGUUUCCUCACCCAUGUAAUAAGGAUAAUAAUACCCUACAGGGUUGUAGUAAAGAUUGAAUGAAAUAACAUUUGUAAAGUUCUUAGCACAAGGGCCUAACCCAUGCUGUUGCUGCUGCUGCUGCAACUGUUGUUUCCCUUGAAUGUCAGGAAAGGCUUUUAGGAGAUUGAUACUUUCAUUAUCUAGCAUAUACUGCACAUGGCACAGUACACCAUGAAAAAUUGAGAAAGAUCUCCAUGAGGUGAACUGUUCAAAAUACUUUGUGAAUAAGCUUAACCAGUACUGUCAUCAAAGAGUAUUUUUAAGCAUUGAAUAAUAGCUAUGAUUAUACCUAUAUGCUUAAUUUGAACCUGUUAAUUAAUGGUCAUUUCCUGUUUCCCAAUCACUAGUUUAUAUCAUGUUUUAUGAAAUCAGUUUUUUGUAAAUAAAUUAGUCUAAAAGCACAUUAUCUGCAGGUAAGGUGUUUGGCUUUAGCCAGUUAAAUAAAGCCUGACUUUAUUAAAGCUGUUCAUUUAAUUAGAAUGAAUUUCUUGGUUCUGUGGUUACAUAUCAGGAGAAAUAUGGCCAGUGGUAGAGCAGGUUUCUGACUUUGAAAAGCUUUCAUAGUAUAGACGUUUUAACAAGGUAAUUGAGGAAUUAAUUUUCAAAUUUUCUUCUGGCCUUUUCUAUUUACUGAUAAUUCAUUGCUGUGAAGGUACUAAAUUUUAUUAUUUGGUCUAUUUAUUAGUUCAACAAAUAGUUUUUGAGUGCAUACUAUUUGUAAGACAGGAGCUAUGAGAGCAGGAAUGAUGAAUCAGAUAUAAAUUAUGUUUUCAAAAAGCUGGCGUUUUAGGAGUGUUCAGUUCUCAUUUGUAACCUUUCAUGACCUUUUAAAAUGUAUCCCCUCUACCUUAUUAUACUUUAAUAGAUAUUUGUUUUUUCUCUGGUUUGCUAUACUUAAUACAGCAAAAAUGCCCAUGCCUGUGAGAUUUGAUGGGAAAGAAAGAAGGCCUGUAGAGAUGGCCCUGAGGAACUUUGCUAUGAAAAAUUGUAAGGAUCAUGUCAUAAGGAUAAAGUAAUGUGAAUAUUUAUAGAUACACAUUAUUUGUCCUACUUGUUCUUUAGUCAGCUAGUUGAUACCUAUCAAAGGUUGGCAAAUUUAGAUUUAUGCCAGGGUUUGUUACUUCUGCUUUAAAAUAACCUAGUGAGAUUUAGCUGAUGAUCAUUAGUCACAUUAGACAUUAUUAUUAACACAUCAAAAAGUUGUCCUUGUGUUCAGUAUUGUUCAAAGGAUCAUUUUUAAUUUGAUUUAUGCCAAUGUGUUUUUGAUUGCUAAGAUUUCCUAAAGACUCAGUGUUCAGCCUGCUUCCAGACGGGCGAGGAGACUCAUGGUCUGGUUCUUGGACUUGCCUAACAGCAUGGCUCCUAAACGCCAGUCUCCACUCCUGCCUCAAAAGAAGAAACCAAGACCACUACAUGCUUUGGGACCGGAGGAGACAUCGGCCUCUGCAGGCUUGCCAAAGAAGGGAGAAAUAGAACAGCAAGCAAUUGAACACAUUGAUGAAGUACAAAAUGAGAUAGACAGACUUAAUGAACAAGCCAGUGAGGAGAUUUUGAAAGUAGAACAGAAAUAUAACAAACUCCACCAACCAUUUUUUCGAAAGAGGUCAGAGUUGAUCACCAAAAUCCUAAAUUUUUGGGUAACAUUUGUCAACCAUCCACAAGUGUCUGCACUGCUUGGGGAGGAAGACGAAGAGGCACUGCAUUAUUUGACCAGAGUUGAAGUGACAGAAUUUGAAGAUAUUAAAUCAGGUUACAGAAUAGAUUUUUAUUUUGAUGAAAAUCUUUACUUUGAAAAUAAAGUUCUCUCCAAAGAAUUUCAUCUGAAUGAGAGUGGUGGUCCAUCUUCAAAGUCCACCGAAAUCAAAUGGAAAUCUGGAAAGGAUUUGACGAAAUGUUCAAGUCAAAUGCAGAAUAAAGCCAGCAGGAAGAGGCAGCAUGAGGAACCAGAGAGCUUCUUUACUUGGUUUACUGACCAUUCUGAUGCAGGUGCCGAUGAGUUAGGAGAGGUCAUCAAAGAUGAUAUUUGGCCAAACCCAUUACAGUACUACUUGGUUCCUGAUAUGGAUGAUGAAGAAGGAGAAGGAGACGAUGAUGAUGAUGAUGAAGAGGAGGAAGGAUUAGAAGAUACUGAUGAGGAAGGGGAUGAGGAUGAAGGUGAAGAAGAUGAAGAUGAUGAUGAAGGGGAGGAAGGAGAGAAGGAUGAAGGAGAAGAUGACUAAUAGAACACUGAUGGAUUCCAACCUUCCUUUUUUUAAAUUUUCUCCAGUCCCUGGGAGCAAGUUGCAGUCUUUUCUUUUUUUUUUUCAACUUGUGCUCAGUCGCCCAGUUCUUGAGGUCUCUUUUCUGUACUCCAUGGUUCUCAACUUAUUUGGGGGGAAAUACCUUGAGCAGAAUACAAUGGGAAAAGAGUCUCUACCUCUUUCUGUUCGAAGUUCAUUUUUAUCCCUUCCUGUCUGAACAAAAACUGUGUGGAAUCAACACCACCGAGCUCUGUGGGAA